UAAGCUCUUUCUCAAAAAAUUUAAUGAUGUUUUAAAUGUUUUUUUCCCCUUGCUAUAACCAUUUUAUUUAUUUUUUGUUGCUUUCCUUUUCUCAUAGGCUAUGAGUGGAGUACACCCUUAUGUUCAUUUGGGAAAAUACGAAACGCACGAUGUUGUAGUUAUACAUAAACUAUAGUGUGGACGUUUAUCCCUUAAUUCAAAAAUAUGUAAAUUUGCAUGAAUAUUCAGGUAUUCAAAUAAAUUAAAAAAACUAAUAUCAUAUGCACACCAAAAAAAUUAUUUAAUUUUGCACAGUUCAAUAUGUAACAUUGAACUAUUGGAGCAACAUGCCAACGUCGAAUUCUGGGCCAACUGUAUUUUUGUUUUGGUAAGCGAACCAUCCAUUCAUUUUAAAUCUGUAUAUUAAAAUGUUUCACGCGUUUAGUUUGAUAAACAAUUUAAUUUAACAGUAACCUCAACUAUAUAUAUACAAUUAAGAAUAUAGAUGUACGUGUUGUCUUGUCUUAUGAAACAAAUCCUCCUUGAGAAUCUAUAACCAAUUAAAAGUUUACUUAUUCAUGCAAUCUACCUUAUUGUGGCCUAUAUAUGUUUUAAUUAUUUCGAUCAACACGCUCUGUCUUAUAAACAAGUCUGGAAAAGGUAUAAAUGACACGAAAACAUAGGUUUCAUUACUCAAAAAGUCAAAAGUGGUUGUAAUUAUCGUCGUAAUUGGUCUGAUGUAAUGUAAAAUACUAUAUCAAGAGAGAUGAUUAUAACAGUUUAUAAGAAAACACCAAACAUAUUCUAACUCAGCAUUGAUCAUAACGUGAACUACAAAGUCUAUCAACUUCGUAAACGACAAUUCAUACGACCAGUAUAUAUGAUUAAAAACCAAACACGACAAGAUACAAAGAGUUAAUCACAUGUUACGUUGGUUUCGAGAAAUGUACAUAAGAACCUUAGAGUAAAAAAACAAGGUUUUCGGGGAUUAAAAUAAUUACGUCACUCCACUUGUGUAACUUUGAAAACACUAAAUUGUUUAAUGACACCACAAUUUCUGCAUUUCUCACCUUCCCAAACUGUAGUCCCUAACUUUAUGAUUUGUUUUUGUUUCAAACGGACACGGCGGGUAAAAUAUAAAUCACCUGUAAUCCUCCUCACACUAAGCAAAACAACUACACCCAACGAAAUAAAGCCACGUGGAAACAAAGACCGGUCAAAGCCGCCACGUAGGUAAUAAUCUUCACGAAGCUUGCUCGUUUUUUAAAAUCCAAAGAGGUUUCUUCUCCGUAUAAGUAGGAGAGGAAGCAUCCACGAUGAUCGCUAGACCAAAACUGAUUCAAAAAUAUCCAAAAAAAAAAAACAAAACAGAGAGAGAAAGAGAGAUAACUGGACGGUGGUUGAUUCGCCGGAAGUCUCGCCGGAGCUCAAUUUCUUGAACGACCAUGCAGAAACGGAGACCGGUGAGGGAGUCUUCGAAGACAACACCGGAGAGAAAUGGGAAAGCUUUGGAUUCCGGCGAGAAGAAGAAGAGAUCUGAGAGGAGGUUGAUGAAGUUCGAGGAGUUGCCGAGGUAUCUCAAGGACAACGAGUACAUACACAAUCAUUACCGAUGUGAAUGGUCUCUCACGGAGACGUUCCUCAGCGCUUUCUCUUGGCACAAUGAGACUCUCAACAUUUGGACGCAUUUAGGUGGGUUUCUGAUAUUCGGGUGGAUGAUGGUGGUGAGUUGCAUGGAAACGACGGAGGUUGGCCUCGCCGGGUUUGUCAACGUCUUCUCCAGAGUAACAAUUCGCUGGCCGUGGCCGUCAAUGGCUAAAGCUGUUUACUUCUCCAGCGAUCAUCACGACUCGAACGUGACACACACUAGCUCGUUCCUGAACCCUCAAGGAGACGUUAACUACGAAACAAUCCCGAAAUGGCCAUGGCUAGUCUUCUUAACCGGAGCAAUGACCUGCUUGAUAUGCAGCUCCAUGUCACACCUCUUCGCUUGUCACUCAAGACGUUUCAACCUCUUCUUCUGGCGCCUAGACUACGCAGGGAUCUCCCUCAUGAUCGUCUGCUCCUUCUUCGCACCAAUCUACUACGCCUUCUCCUGCCACACUAACUGGCGUCUAUUCUACCUCUCCUCAAUCUCAAUCCUCGGCCUCCUCGCCAUCUUCGCUCUCCUCUCUCCAGCGCUCUCAGCUCCGCGUUUCAGAUCUUUCAGAGCAGCGCUUUUCCUAACGAUGGGAUUCUCUGGCGUCAUACCCGCCUCGCACGUGCUUUACCUUCAUAAGGAUCACCCUAACGUGGUUAUCGCUCUAGUCUACGAGCUGGCGAUGGCUGUGUUGUAUGCAACGGGAGCAGGGUUUUACGUGAGCCGUAUACCUGAGAGAUGGAAGCCUGGAGCUUUCGAUAUUGCAGGACAUAGCCAUCAGAUAUUCCAUGUGUUUGUAGUGUUAGGAGCUCUUGCUCAUAGUGUUGCCUCUCUUCUUAUCAUGGAUUUUCGACGGGCUUCACCUUCUUGUGCCUUUUGA